AUGUCGAGCUCACAGCGGCCAGGAGCCCCAAUUCGAUCCUUUGGAGUCCAAGAUGCGACCAACGAAGAGGAGACACCCAGUACUCCGUCCGCAGUGCGCCGGAUGCUCAGUCGGCUGUCAUUUGCCAGCUCCAUGCGACGACCGAGCUUCCUGAGGAACCACGAUGAGCAGGGAGAAGACGCCGUCAUUGAGCGAGCCCCGAUACCGACGACCAAGGCUGAGGCAGAUGCGACGCCGCUCCCUGUACUCUCCAUGAUUGUCCUAUCUAUCACGAUGUUGGGCGAGUUUCUGUCGGCGAACGUAUCCACGCCCUUCUUGUUGUUCAUGGUCAAAGGCUUUGGCGAGUUGAACUCUGAAGCAGAGGUUGCUUUCUGGACCGGGAUUAUUGUUUCAACAUUCUUCUUGACCCAAUUCAUGACUUCUUUGCUUUGGGCGACUGUAGCGGAGAAGCACGGACGUCGAGCUGUAUUAGUCGUCUCUUUGUCCGGGGGAGCUUUUACGUGCCUUGUUUUUGGAACUGCGACAACCCUGAAGCAAGCUGUAUGCAUUCGGUUACUCCAAGGUGUAUUUGCAGGGUCGGUGGGCGUAGCUCGGGGUUCCGUCGCUUUCAUCACAGACCCCAGUAAUGAGGGAAGGGCGUACGCAAUACUUGGUUUCUGUUGGGGAUUUGGUGGUGUUGCAGGGGCUAUUAUCGGAGGAUCAUUCGAACGCCCUGCAACGAAAUGGCCGGAGAUCUUCGCCGACAUCCCGCUGUUUGUCAACUAUCCCUAUCUAUUACCGUGUGCUAUCGCAGCGGCCAUCAUGUUUACAGGGUCGUUCCUUGCCUGUUUCCUGGGUCGAGACGGGGGUCCUCGCUCAGGUGCCAUCCAACUUCCACCGGAGAAGGAUAACAAUCUUCCCCCCACCAUUCCAGAAGAGGAACCCGGUCCGUUAGAUUCGACGUUCGAAGAUGACGAGGAGACAGGACUUCUCGGUCUUCGAAAGAAGAUCUCGAGACGCUUCUCAAACAUCUUUGCGAAGCGCGUUCCUGAUGCUGGUUCCAGUCUCAAUGCUAAUUCACCGCCGGUGCCCUUGCAUACCUCCCCUAGCGCAAAUCUGGAAAGGCCAAGAGCGUUCUCAAGAACGAGUCGGGCCAACGGUUCCGCGUAUGGCUAUUCCGGAGCUUAUCGUAAUCGACUGGCGAGUGCGCCAACAUGGAACGUUAGGAGAGGAAGCCUUGCAAGCACCUUGCGCCGCAGGAGAGGCAGUAACUACGAAGCCCUUCGAAGAGAUUCGACGACCGCAGAGGGAUCGGACCUUAACUUUGCCCAGCGGCUGUUGAUGGCCAACGAGAAUGCAGUCACCAACAUCGCCGAUCUCUGGGUGGCUGCUGCAAUGAACGUUGAUAACGAAGAAGUGUUCGAAACUGAUUCGGACGAGGAGUUCAACGAUAACGAUGAAGCAGUGGAAGAUGAGGAUGCUGAAGAGCUCGAGGGUGGUCCCUCUGCAGGCCGGAGGUUAUCGACGGCCACAGCUACACCUCCGAUCCCCAGCAGCUCACGACAUCGUCCAAGCACAGCUUCCUUGCAUCCUUCUCUACGCUCUCCCUCUCACCGCCACCCCUCCGUAUCAUACUCUCCUUUGAUGCAUCGUCGCCCAUCCUUCGUGCCGAGUAUCUUCUCCCACUCCGGAGUGCGAACCCCACCCGCUUUGCUGGAAGCUCAACGCCUGCUGUCAGGAGAGGGCGAAGAUGCCGAAACUUUGGCUACCAUUGCUGAGUCAAGACAGCCGUCGCAAGUGGACGUCGAGUCGCUUCAGCAGGCCGAGAAGGCUCCGUCUCUUGCUUCACAGAUACCCGUCCUCAUCAUCAUCCAAUACGGUGUCCUUGCGCUGCAUACGACAACUCAUGACCAGGUGUUCAUGUCCUAUCUCGUUUCGGACUACGAAACAGGAGGUCUGAACCUGAAUGCAGGACACUUUGCCCAACUCAUCGCCCUCAUGUGUCUUGCGCAAAUCGCAUACCAGUUCUAUCUAUAUCCUAACAUGGGGCCUCCACGGGGACGAUUCUCCCAUUUAGCAAUGUUCCGAAUCGGCUCCAUCAUCUUCAUCCCCUCAUACCUCACCGUUACCCUCUACCGGCCUCUUGCCAGCGCCGAAGAUGGCGGUAACCUCCUCCUGAUGUGUGCCCUGGUUUUGAGCACGGCCCUUCGAUACUGUGGUAUCGUCUUUGGAUACACUUCAAUAUCCAUUCUCCUGAACUACAUGACACCGCCCGCGGCAGUUGGAUACGCCAACGGUGUUGCACAGAGUAUUGUCAGCUUGGCCCGGUGUGUCGGGCCAGUCAUUGGUGGAUAUCUCUGGUCAGCGAGUGUUGAAGACCAUCCGUCUGGUUAUUACCUCGGUUUCCUUGUCUGCGCAGGUGUCUGUGCAUUGACGGUUGUCCAGAGCUUUUUGAUUCGAUGA